UGUUGGGAAGGUCCCUGCUCCCCUUCCCGAUCGAGCCCGAGUUAGCGAGGAGGAAGGGAGAGCGCUCCAUGAGGGGAAUCUCCUCACGAAGGACAUUUAGGGACUAAACUAAAGCAAAUUCCACCUCAAGUUGUGGAAGAACUUCUUUACUGGAUUAAAAGUAAACAGAAGAUGCCCAGGAAAAGAGUGACUCUGGCCACUUUCUCCAUUUGUUCUCGUUGCUGGACUGGGAGCUGCCCUCUGCCUGAGAGAAGAAGAAGGAAGCAGUUAAUAGAAUUGUGUAUUCAUCUUCUGCUGCUCUGUGAUUAUGUGCUGGAACUGUAAUUUCUUCUGCUGUACCUUUUGGGACAGAGUUAUAUGGAUACAACCAAGGAGAAUGUCACCUGUGAGAUAAGUUACCUAGUUCUUAGUGGCUGUGCUUCAGUGCCGGAAAUGACCACAGUGAUUGAAGUUCCUCAUAUCCCCAACACAUCAAUUUUGUUUGAGGAAAUGUUUCAUCAUCCCUGCUGAGUGUCUGCACUGCAAACAUGCAAGAACAUGAAGAUACAGACUUGCUGCUCCAGCCUCAGCUUGAGGGAGAGAAUUAUGGAGCUGCUGCAGGAGAUGGGACACAGGGUCCAUCAGUGUCUGUGUCAAGGAUCAGUCCCACAAAGAGGAAUUGCCUGGUGGUUGCUGUGCUGUGCUUUGGGAAUUUAAUAAAUUUCAUUGAUUGGUUCCUUGUGCCAGGGAUCCUGUUGGAUAUACAGAAAUACUUUGGGCUUAGUGAUGGGGAGACAGGACUAUUGCAAACAGUCUUCACCUUGUGUUACAUGCUGGCUGCCCCCAUCUUUGGAUACCUCGGAGAUCGCUACAACAGGAAAAUCAUCCUUGGAGCUGGGAUUUUCUUCUGGUCUGGUGUGACCUUGGGGAGUUCAUUCAUCACAGAGUUGCAUUACUGGAUAUUUGUUCUUUCCCGAGGACUGGUUGGCAUUGGCUCUGCCAGUUACUCCACUAUAGCACCUACCAUCAUUGCAGACCUGUUUGAGGAAGGAAAAAGGACCACAGUGUUAUCUAUCUUCUAUAUCUUCAUUCCAGUGGGAAGUGGCUGUGGUUAUAUUCUGGCAGCUGGUGUGGCAGAAAGCACAGGUGACUGGCACUGGGCAUUCAGGGUAACUCCUUGCAUGGGAGGACUGGCACUGCUUCUCCUGAUUCUGCUGGUUCCUCACAGGAUGCAGAGGAGGACAGCAGCACACAGAGCACGGAGCAUCUCCGGCACCAUACGGAGAGAGGUGCCAGAUGAGAAGCCAGAUUUACACAGAACUGCCAAGACCACUUGGUGUCAAGAUGUGGGAUCACUUGUCCAGAACUGUAGUUUUGUCUGUUCCUCGCUGGGACUGACUGCCAUGGCCUUUGUCACUGGAGCCCUGGGAGUGUGGAUGCCACUGUUUCUGUACAGAGCUCAGGUUGUCCAGGGCAUUGUCCCACCAUGCCUCCAAAAAUCGUGCAAUUCAUCCAUCAGCCUGAUAUUUGGAGGCAUCACCAUAGGGACAGGAAUCUUGGGUAUUAUUGCUGGGGCAGAAGCUGCAAGACGAUUAAGGAAGAUAAACAACAAAGCUGAUCCUCUGAUCUGUGCCACAAGCAUGUUCAUGUCUGCCCUGUGUCUCUACAUAGCUCUGAUGGUGGCCCAGACAAACAUCCUUUCCACUUUUAUUUUUAUUGCAUUUGGAGAGCUGUUUUUGUCUGUAAACUGGGCUGUUGUGACAGACAUACUGCUGUACGUGGUGACGCCGAGGCGACAGUCCACAGCCAUUGCCCUGCAGAUUUUGGUGAGCCAUUUGCUGGGAGAUGCAGGCAGCCCAUACCUCAUUGGCAUUAUCUCCAACGCUAUCCAGGCUGGGAGCAGGCCAUCCCUGCAGUGGAGUUUCAGGAGCAUGCAGUACAGCUUUGUCAUCUGUGCUUUUGUUGGGGUCCUUGGAGGAGGCUUUUUCCUCCUGACAUCUCUCUACAUCGAGGAGGAUCGGGAGGAAGCGCGGAGGCUCUGAGGUACCAGCACUGAACUGUCCCUCAAAGGAAGAUGAAUUCUGGGGCGAGAUUUGCACAGAAGAAAAGGAAGUUCUCCCUUUUUUCUUUCCUUUUUGCUUAAUGAGAUACAGCUGGGGAAAAGGCCAAAUCACAAUUCCUCCAUAUGGCAGAAAAUCCUGCAUACUGACU